UAGAUCUGUCUCAUUCAUUCCUCCAUCCAAUCAUUUUACCCUUCGAUGUUUAUCAAUGGAAUGCCAGGGCUCCACCCAGACCUCCACAGAAGAAAUAAGAGUCCUGUCGUAGCUGCCCAGUUGUUUAUCCACCUUUUACCCGUUUUCCCUCAUGUUUUUCAUUCAGAUCUGAAGGAAAAUAUCCUUUUUAUUUUAUUUUUAUUUUAUUUUACUUACUUUUGAGACAGGGUCUAUCUAAUACUGGCAGUUCUUCAACUCGCUGUGUAGACCCGGCUGGCCUCGAACUCAAAAAUAACCACCUGCCGUUGUCUCUCAGGUGCUGGGAUUAAAGUCAUGCACCAUCACACCCAGAUAGCAAGAAGCACAACUACAGAGGCCAAAAGCAAGGUUAGUCCAUUCACGGACUUUGCCAGCCACAUCCUGGAACCACUCACUUUGCCUUUGUUUCUGUUUUGCUGCUUGGAGGAUGGCCUCAGAUCUAGAACAGCUAUGCUCUUACGUUAAUGAGAAGAUUGACAAUAUUAAGAAAAUUCUGUCGAUAAGAAAUCUCGGCCAAGAACCUGCCUUGAAGACCACCUUAAGUAAAGUAGGAGAUGAGAUCAUUACAAUAAAUGAACUUCUAAAUAAAUUUGAAUUGGAAAUUCAGUAUCAAGAACAAACCAACAGGUCACUUAAGGAGCUCUGUGACUCUCUUGAAGGCGAUUUCAAAGCUGUGGAGCAUCUCAGAGAACACAUUCCUUCCUAUCUGCCUCAGGUGACAGCCGCCGAGAACUUGACUAACAGAGCUGAUCCGGAUCCUACAGAGCCAGUCAGCGCUGAGGAACCUGUCCCGGCAAAGAAGCCUCCCAAAGAACAGAGAGCAAUUAAGGAAAUGCAGUUUGUAACGACUGAUGAAUUCAGUGGUGUUCCUGCGUACAUGAAAUCCCGUUUGACAUAUUGUCAAAUUAAUGAUGUUAUUAAAGAAAUUAAUAAGGCAGUGGUUAGUAAAUACAAGAUUAUGCAUCAACCAAAAGCAUCUAUGACUUCCGUGAAGAGAAAUCACUACCAAAGAUUUAUUAAUGAAGAAACGAAGGACACAAAAGGUCGUUAUUUCUUCGUGGAAGCUGACCUAAAGGACUUCACGAAUUUGAAAACCGACAAGAGGCUAUACGCGAUCCUGAACAUCUUGCGGCAUUGCCAGAGACUAUCAGAGGUUCGAGGAGGAGGACUCACCCGCUAUGUCCUAACCUGAGGCUUCUGCAGGCUCGGGACGGAAUGGCAGUAGGGUAUAGCGAAUAGUCUUGACAUUUCAUGUGUAAUGUCUUUAAUGUCCAUUUUCUGGUCUUGCUUCCUACGGAAACAAAAAUUUAUUUGAAUAAAGCUUAUGUAUUUUCAAAGUC